AUGGUACGAGUCUUGUUAGGCGCUCUUCGUACAGUGAGACAACGUGCAACAACUAUCCGGUUCAAUGCCACUCGAAGCUUGUUACAAUACGCCACCUUUACUACACAUUCGAGUGUGUACACUUGGGGUACAGGUACUUUGGGCCAAUUAGGACACGGACCGAUAGUCAAGUCUGGGAUUCGUAGUGCAUACGAAGAGCUCUUGCCUAAGCUAGUGGAGACCUUUGAGGGCAAGAGCAUUAUCCAUCUAGACUUUGGUGCCAGUCACAGUGCUGCAAUUGAUGAAAAUGGCAAAUUGUUCGUGUGGGGUUCCAACGAGUAUGGGAAGUUGGGAUUAGGACAUAGCAAUGACAUGGAAGAGCUACCACGAGAAGUAGAUGCUUUAGAAGGCAUCAAGAUUGUCGAUGUAUCAUGUGGAGACUAUUUCACUGCUGCAGUGGAUGCAGAUGGAAAAAUGUAUUCGUGGGGAUGGGGAGGUUCUACCAUGAAGGGCGCUGGUGGUCUUGGUCAUGCUGGUGGAAAGGAUGAGCCUACGCCACGAUUAUUGACGACGCUAGUGGAUCAGGGAGUGCCUAUCUCUACGGUAGAGUGUGGUGAGUUUCAUACGGUGGCACUCAGCAAGGACGGUGAGAUCUGGGCUUGGGGUAAUGGCGAGUACGGACGUCUUGGUGACGGAGAGUCCGACACGUGCGAAGUGCCGGAGCCAAUUGAGUUCUUUUCGAAGGACAAUGUGGUUUCGAUUGCUGCUGGACGUGAUUUUUCUUUUGCCCUGACGGACAAUGGCGAGCUGUAUAGUUGGGGUGGCAACAGUCACAAUCAGCUAGGUAUUGGCGGAAGCUUAGCUAUGGAUGUGUACAAUAUCGAGUCGAUUCCGGUGCUAGUUGAGGCAUUCAACGGGGUGUCUGUUAAGCAGAUAGCUGCUGGCUAUGACCACGCUGCUGCGGUGACGGAGGACGGACGAUUGUACAUGUGGGGUGCAAAGAUCUGGAUUGAGCCACAUGAGAUGACGGCUAUGAAUGAGCACAAGGUAGUGCAGGUAGCUUGUGGACGACAAUACACGGCGGCAUUGACGGAAGACGGCAAGGUCUUUACAUUUGGUAAAGGCAGCUCCAACAGCCUGGGUCACGGUGACCGCAAGAACCAGCUGCAGCCUGUGCAGAUCCAGGCUCUGGCUGACAUCAACAUUACUUCGGUAUCGUGCGGUGACUAUCACAUGGGCGUUAUCGCAACACACCACGCCAAGGCUGCGGACAAGGAUUUUUCUUUCCGGGAGUAG